AGUUCCGAGAGUGAGAAGCAGAGGGAGCAGAGAUCGCUUUCCAAAAAAUUUGCCCAAUUUGUGUUUUUCUCAUGAGAUUAAUUUAAGGAAAAAAAGGCGUCGAAAUACAUGUCCCCAGAGUUUUGCAUUAAUGGUAAUGCAUGCUAGAAAACUUCAGCGUAGCGAUGGGUAUUUCGAUAAACAUCCCCAUCAUCCCUACCAGAACUCCAAAUACAAGAGGGAUUAUGAACGAGAGGCUAGUAGAUCAAGUAGCUAUCUGCGGGACAGGGACUCCUCCCCAACGUCUGGUGGUGCCGGAAGUGGGAAUAGCUCCCUAAAUAAUGGCAACAACUACAGAUUUGCUUCCCCGGAACUGGAUUCUCCACCGCGUGAGAAUCGCUACCGUGAUUCAGACAGAUGCACAAGUUUCGUAAUGAGAAUGCGGGAUAAGGAACGUGAUCGGGAUUCCUACAAAAAGGACAAAUACAUAGAUUGUUUGCGAUCUCCAAAAGAUAAGCGGGAUCGCCGCGAUCGUGAUUCAGAGCAUCGAACGAAUCACGAUCGAAUUGAUCAGACGCGUCGUUCGUCAAAGAUGUGCGUGAGUAGCAGUGGGAGCCAGUCGGAGAAUCGUGAUCGCGAGAGAGAUCGCGAAAGGGGUGAUCGUGAUCGUGAGCGCAUGACGCGCGUUGGUGACUGGAGUGAGCACACAUCGUCAUCGGGAAAGAAGUAUUACUACAACUGCAAGACGGAGGUGUCACAGUGGGAGAAGCCCCGGGAGUGGGUGGAACGCGAAAGGGGUGGCUCGGUGAAGGAGCAACAUGCACGGGGUAGUGAGUACCGUGACAAGGAGCGAACUGAUCGCGAUGAUCGCUUCUCGCGGUCGUCGUAUGGCAAACAUUCCAGUUCACGCAGCAGUAGUGGUCGAAUGCGCUGGCAGCACGAUGCUGCCGAUGGGCACAGGCGACGUCACGACGAUAGUCAGGACAUGGAUAUAAGUCCUGGGGAUUCAACACCCACCAGCGAGGGGAAUUAUUCACACUCCAGCACACCAACAACGCAACAGUCGCAGCAUCAUCAUCACAAUAGCGACGGGAGUGCACCGCCUGGAAUGACGGGCAAUGCCCUGCCGCGUCUUUCAUCCCAUCCACCGGUGACACCCACAAAUUCCUCCCACAUGCAGCAGCAGCAUUUUACAAUCCCAUCGUCAGCCACACUUGCAAUGGGCACAUCAACGGUCACGAGUUCAUCGACAAUGGCGGGAAUGAAGAUGAAGAGUGCCGCAGAGCUUCAUCAUCUCGGCACAAUGCCCGUGUCGUCGCCGUCAUCGGUGGUGGCAUCAACGGCAGGGAUGUGCCUAUCGCUGGGCAAUACGGUGGCACAAUCACAGGCAUCAUCAACGGGUGAUAUGGUAAUGAACUCCAAUACACCGGGACCACCGCCUGUUUCACUGGCAAAUCUGCCCAAGAUUCUCUCCCAAAUUACGGGCAAUAAGACGAUCGAUCAGACGGAACUUAAUCCGCAAAAGGCACUGCAGACUAUCAAUAAUGCCCUCAUGAUGUCUUCACGGCAGCAACAGCAUCAACAUGUCUCCAUUGCUGGGGAGAAUAAUUCAAAUAACAUUAGGGAACAUGUUUUGAAUUCUCCACUUUACAACCUCCCGCACUUGCACACAAUGUCCCUUCUCAAUCACACAGCAACCGGGAGUGUUUUCGGUAGUGCAAUGACCCAGGUUCCUCAGGGUGGAGCUGGAACAGCCGUGAAAAUUGAUACGAGUGGAAAUAGUUUAGUAAUCGGCGACGGCCCACCGACGCCAACACAAGAAAUGGAUGUUCUCAAUUCUGACUAUAAAAAAUUAGAUGGAACAUCAUCAGCAACAUUAAGUAGCCUCCAAGGAGUAACAUCGCAAGUAUCGAGAACAUUGGGACCUAGUUUAACACCGAGUCUCGCAAAUUACUCAAGGACAGAUCUAAUACAACAUGUGACAAAUUGGCCAGCAGACUUGCUGGAGAAACAGGGACAAAAGUGUUCGGAAGAAACUCACAUUUUGGGGGAUCUGCAGUGCACAAAAAUAUCUGCUGACUUGAAAAUUGCCCGAAGUAUAGUUAGAAUCACAGAAAUACAAUCAACAUUGCAUGAACAAAAAAUAAUGUAUUUACGACAACAAAUUCGACGAUUAGAGGAAUUAAAAUCACAGAAUUCAUUUAUGUCUGACGAUCUUUAGCCUCCUUAUUAAUUUAUAUUAAAAAAAAAACAAAAAUAAGAAUAAAAGAAAAUUAUAUUAAAAAAAAUGAAGAAACAAAGAAAAUACUAAUUGUAAGAAAAAAAUAUUGGAUAAAGAUCAUUUAAUAACUUUUAGUAGUGUGACAAAGGCACUUGUCCAUUAAUACUUCUUCACAAUGUUCAAAAUGUUUUUGGACAGAGAGCAAGAUUGAUAAAAAAAAAUUUUACAAAGUGAGUGAGUGCGAGAGAGAGAGAAAAAACACUGAAAAGUGACAUCUUUCACAACGUAGAAUGUCAGGAAAAACAUUGCUAAUGCAAAAAAAAGAGAGAUCAAGUGAGUUAAAAAAGAAACUUAGGUGGGCUGUAGACGUUGAAGUUGGGAGUUAUUAAUAUGAUUAUAUAUAAAAAAAAUUAUAUAAAGAAAAAAUAUAAAAAUAAAAAAUAGAUGAUCAUAAAGUAAGAAUUAUAUUAAUUAAAAAAAAAGGAAAAAAAGUCUACUAUUAUUAAAAAAAAAUGCAAUUACAAAAGCACUGAAUUUUUUUACAGAGAUGACGUGAGAAAGAUUAAAAAAAAAUGAAGAUAUCCCGAAAUCAUACAAUAUUGAAAAAAAUCACUUAAGUGAAUGAAAAAAAUAUUCUAUAGGAAAAUAUUAGUGAUUCUUUUUGUGUACGUUUCUUCUUUCUUUUUUAUUUAUAAAGAUUUUUUUUUUUAAAGUAAUUUGAUUGUGAAAAAUAUAUAAUAAACAUCAUUAAAUAUUUUUCACAGAGAGAUACAAAAAAAUUGUUAAAGUGAAUAAAAAAAACACAUACAAAUACACGUAGCGAUAACAAUAGUGAUGGGAAGGAUGCAUAAAUGAUUAAUCUAUUGAGCUCUAGGUGUUCUUUUAACGAAAGAAAAAUUAAAUCAUUUCCCUUUUUAAAAAACAAAUUUAAAAAUUGUUUUAUUGAGAGAUCUAAUAAGAAUAUAAAAAAAAGAAACAAAACAAUUAUAAAUAACAAUUAUAGGGUGAAUGAGAGAAAUGCUUUUCUCGUAUUUUAUUCACAAAAAAAGAAGAAUAAAAAAAAGGAAACAAAAUAAACGAAAAUAAAAUAUAAUGGUAAAGGCUGUAGAAAAAAAAUUUCAAAAUAUUUAUUUCUUCGUUAGAGAAGUCGAAAUUUAAGGGAAAAAAAGAAAAUUCAGAUUAGUUUUUUUUCUGAUGACUAAAAACAAAUAAUUUUAAAUAAAACAAAAAAUAACAUUUCUAAAAAAGAAAAAAAAAGUGAAAAAAUAACCGAGAAAGCACUUCUGAUAAAGUAUAGAGAAUAAAACAUAAUGUCGGUGGCGUGAAAGAUUCUUUUUAUAUAAUUACAAGAAAAAAAAUUAUAACUAUUAUUUAUUGUGUAAUUCUAUAUAGACAACUUUUUUUUAUAUAUAAAUAAAUUAGUCAUUAAAUUA